AUGCCAAUGUCAUCAAAUGCUGUGAACGGCACGUUGCCAGGUUCUAGUAGCGCGCAAAAAGGAAAAACAAAAAUGACCCAGGCAAAUAUCCCGAUGCCCGCAUUGAUGAACAAUGUUCGUCGAAACGGCGAUUCACCGCAACGUCCGCUCCCAGAUCAUGACGAGCGUUUUGACCAUGUAACUUAUAUAGGGAUAGGGAAAACUCGAAUAGAUACCUAUCAGAUAAAGCAACAACUAACAGAAUUUUUAGGAGAUAAUGCUCAUCCCUACUGGGACGCUUUCAAAAAAUUUAUUUAUUGUAAAAUUCGUCGCCAAGAUUUUGAGCGAAUCGUGAGGCCUUCUUUAGAUAGAGAGCAUCGAAUACUUAAUAAUUGUUUGUGCAACGACCCACCACCACCACAAAACCAUCCGGUCACUCAACCAAAGAAGCGCAAUCGUGACGAUGAAUUGCAUGAACAGAUUGAUGGGUUACCUGAUCCUAAGAAACGACGAAUUAAGGAGCUUGUGAUGUCGUUACCUCGAGAAGAACGAGAGAGAAUUAAAAGUUUAAGAAAGGACUUAAAUGGAGUUACAACGAUGCCAGACCCUAUGACUACCGUCUUACCGGUACCAAGGUCAGAGCAGUUACCAUUAUUUGAUUACAAUGAUCAACAAAAUGUUAUUAAGCCACAACUCAAUCCAGAACGUGUUCAGACUUGUCGAGAAAUGAAAGCAUUACCCGAUUCUAAUACUUUAUAUGGCAGGAUUUUAGAGAUAGCACGAGCGAAUGGCUUGCAAAAUAUUUCGGAAGAUUGUGCAAGCUUGCUCAAUUAUGGAUUGGAGUCACAUCUUAAGAAUAUUAUUGGCAAUGUUUUGCAAAAGACUCGAUCCGGUAAUUCAUUAGGAAUCAACUCAUCUGGAAUGCGAAAUGCAGAUUAUAGAAGUCGAGCCGCCACAACGAGCCAAGAAAAGAGAACCAUAACUGCUCGCGACUUGGCAUUUUCUUUCGAGAUGUCUCCUCAUAUUCUU